UUUUGUCAAUCAUCAAGGGACACUGGGAGCGGAAUCCGAGGGUACAGAUAAAGCGAGAGAAGGGAAAGAACAGCUGAGUGAUCACACCUGGCAGACGGGAGUGGCUACCAAACCAGCUAAAGAACUGGUGAACCUGCUAGUAUGGAUGCCCUCAUGGCCUGCCUGGUGGCCAUGUGUCUCUGUCUGGUCCUCCCAGUGAGCUGGUCCCAGAGCACACACAAGUCAGAGGAGUUUAUCAAUACCCAGCCUCAACCUGCCCCUGGAGUACUACCACAACUGGCUCCUGCAGCAGCACACAUCCAGGAUGUGCUGAAGAGUAAAGAGGAGACCGAGAUCACUUCAAAACAAAUGUAUGCGAAUGUGGGCCACGACAACGCCAAACUGGGCCUGUUCAUAGCUGCUGCCCUGGGAAUCGUGGCGCUGAUGGGCAUGGUCUACUGCAUCUACAUGCAGUUUUACACCAAGCACCAGUACCUGCACACCCAGCUCCACGAUGACUCUGAGUUGACCCUUGACCUCCCAGAGGCACCUCCUGUUUUCUUCCACGGUUCCGUCGGUGCAAUGGACAGAAAGGGAGAGGUGCGGGGAUCUGGUAAUGGAUCUUUCAUCUCUAACACACCCUCCACCAUCUCUGUACCGCCCAGGCUGUCCCCUCCUCCCUCCGCUGUGCCCUACCUUCCCCUCUUCCUCGCCUCUUACCCUCUCAGGACCAUAUCUGUUAGAGAUCUGGAGAGAAGCUUUGUCUGAAAUGAGGUACUUAUCACCAGUGACUGGAGACAUAUUAACCUGAUCAUUAAGAACAAAGUUUUUUCUCUUAGCUAAAUUAACUGAAGUUGGUGCUGUUGAACUCAUAAUAAAAUGGACUCUC